AUGGCGGCUCAUCAGCCCAUGCCGUACCGAGGCCCGGUAAAAGGCUCCUCGCGCAACCAAGCCUCGAAACAGUCGCGGCAAUCCAAAGCGCUUGAUCCCGAAGACUUGACGAGACGGCUGCAGGUUGUACUGGCAGAGCAAAAAGCUGUUGCAGAGAGGAAGAAGCGGGCUAGGGCAGCAGUCGAAGCCGAACGACAGGCAAACGCCGCAGCUGCGGCACGAAAUGCGAGCGUCCUGCAUCCCGGACAGCACGGAAUCCCCGUGGGGCCAACUGCCCCCUCUACGUUUAUACAAAAGAAGCAAAUAACAGCAUCCAAGUCACACGGUAAACUUAUAUCUCGAGAGUCAAGCGAGCAUGCCCCCAAGGCGGAGAAGCUUCAAAAAGCUGGGAGGAAAAAUUCUACCUCAUCAUCUAGCGACAGAAAUUCAGAAGAUGCAGCGCCAUCCAAUUACCGUCAUGUCCCUCAGUUUGCUGCAUCGCAGUUUGCCCGGACGACCACCGUCGAGACAGUAACGGAGAAGCAUCUCCUACACAAGUUGUCCAAGCAAGCUAUGAAAUUCCAUAUGGAAGGCCCCAAUGCAAUGGCUAGCAUGGCAGCCUCGGACCUUACGCCAUCUGAGCAGAACAAGGCACUCAGAAGGGUGCAGAGUAUGAGAGAGAGACAAUACGAGAGGAACCAGUUUCAACACAACCAUACACUCGCCACUACGGCCGAGAUUGAUGAGAAGCCAGCAUCUCCCGCUACUGCUCAUACAUUCCAAGAACACCGCAAAUCCAAAGAGGAAACAAACAAAGUCCUGCGGAGGAGAAGCGUGGGUGCUAUCCUCGGCAUGAUGAUAUCAGCAGACCCCGAACCCGCCAGAGCAUCACUGUCCUCUGCAGAGAAUCAGUCAGUUGCCACUCACUCUGAUGUUCUGCCAGUCAAUGCCGAUGAGCACCGUGUGGAUUGGACUCAGAGUGACGAAGCCGCGCUCAUUCAGCAGCAGCAACAACAGAAGCAACAGCCUCAACAACAACUGCAGCAGCCGCAACAGCCGAUGAAAGCUAGUAUAAGCCAAAAUGCGUUGCGCAAAUCUGAAUCGAGGUGGGCUUUGCGAACCAAGCUUGGAAACCUUGGCAAGAAGAGCGACAAACUUUCUUCCCCGACGGAAGAAAAGGACGAAGAAUCGCCCAUUGAGUCACCUAAAUCUCCCCUUGCGAAGGCAGGAGGAAUCUUUGCACGAUUUAAGCGUUAG